CCGUGUUUUAUAAGUUGUUGAUACAUGACUAAAAAAACAGUAUUCUUGGAAGACUUUGUGCGAGGAUGGUUAAAUCUACAUAAACAGACAACAAGAUCACCAUGAAGCCGUUGUUAAUAAUAUGGUUUGUUUUUAUAUUUUCUGGAGUCGCAGUGACAUUUCUUUGUGAGCAUUACUUUUUAUGGGUAGCUUUCAUUUGCACAUAUCACGAUACAACCACAGAACACUGUAGAAAUGUUACUCUACAGCAUGGCUCGUCUCAAAAAACUACUAAUCUUAUUGAUAACAUUGGGACUUGGAGUAUCAAUGGUUUGACGGGAGCACUCCUUAUCACCAUUCAUGUAUGGGAUCGUUACUCAACAAUCAAUUUUAUCAAAACAGUAAUCAAAGUUGAACAAUUCUGGAUAUUCACUGGAUUAUUUAUUUUUGUUUCUGUUCCACUAAUCAGCAUAGCUGAUUUUGAGCAGCCUGAAUUCUCAGUUAUUAUCUUAGGCAUGGCAAUAUUGAUGGAGUAUGCAACAUCAGCGUUGUUAGCGCUAACUAUAUUCUUCAUUGACUGGAAAGUUGUCCAACGAUUGCUUUUGCGCAUGUUUGAAACAAAAUGUGCUCAAAUUCUGGCGAGAUGUUACAUCAAAUUCGUACUACUGGUUUAUUUGCUGCGAAGUUUAUAUCUUUCUCUAUACAACAUUUACUGCAUCAGCAUCCAUAUAUCCCAUGUCGAAUCUCAUCACUUGAAAUAUCUUGACUUUGUGCUACAAGUUAUGAACGUUGCAUACAGAGGAAGUUUAACAAAAAUGUUUUAUUGUUCGUUUUUUAAAGACAUACAACCACCUAAAGUGUGUAAAGAUGAAGAAAUCAUUGAGGACGAAGAUCAAUUAGCUUUCGAUUCUCCUAACCAAAGCACUUGCUGUGGACUAUUAAAUGUGUUUUGUUCAUGCAGAAGUUCUUAUGCACAUGUUCCAGAUGGAGAAAGAUAAAGUUGAUGUAUUCUUUAAAAAUACAAAAUCAAAGUAAUAUUCCAUGUAAUCGUAAUUGUUUUAUCAAAUACAGUAUUUCGGUUAUCAAAGAAACCUUCUCCUCGCCACUUCACACCAGCUCAAAGCGCUUCGAACUCGUGGGAAGUUGCAUAGAGAGAGGAAGGUUUUCUUGGCUAUAUAUUGAUUGUCUUUUUUUUUACCUUUUUGGGGUUUUUUAUGUUUUUCAAUCAUAUUUAAAUAUUGCUUUCACAUGAUCUGUAAAAUUGUAGGCCAUAGAUAAUAUAGCGCAGAUAAUAUUGUGACCUUAUAAGAUCACAAUAUCAUCUGCGCAGGAGUUUUAGUCAUUCUUUCUAAAGACAAAUGUUACUUUUACCAUGGA